GAAGUAGUAGUAAACGGAAGUUUACUGCCCAAUAAUAAUUUCCAAGUUAGCGUUUUUAUUGUUGUUAUUCAGACAUUUAUUUACGCCAUGGAAAGAAAUAUGACUCAUUUAACUGCACAGCAUCACAUACUUGUCCUAGGUAGUCUUUAAUUCGCGUUGGUGACCGGACUUGGUUGAUGUUAUCUAGGUAACGCUCACUAGCUACUAACGUUAGCUAACAAUGGCUAACUGUAUGGUUUUUCACACGCAAAUAGCCUCCAUCAUGGAGGUACUAGCGAAUGCAGCAGUGACAGAGGUCUGUAAACUCGUAGACGACGACUAUGCAGUGUUUCGUUUGGAAAUAACUCAAAGCCAGAAGGAAAACAGGGRAUUGCGGAGGAAACUUCAGCUACUGGAACUGAAGGUGGCACGGGGGCGCGCAGGGACAAUGCAAGACCGCGUCUUCGCCAGUCGUCCCAGUAGCGUCAAGAUCCUCGACCUACACAGAGGAAUGCCAAGAGGUGAAGGACAUCUCAUUGGAGGCCACAGGAGCUUUGUGAAGCCAGCGGGACACAAUACAUGGAGAGAAGACCAACCAAUCACUGUUGAUGAGGGGAGUGGAACCUCAACCCAGCACGUUAUCGUGAUAGAGUCGGCAGAUGCUGCAGGUCCUGGGGUUAAGCAGGAGAGGUCUGAUGGAGAGGAGGACCCAUGGCACAGCAGAGACAUCCUGACUGGAACGGCUGGAGUGCCCCCUGUAGCCAGGGAGGACCKCGCCACAGUGCAGCCCAGGACCCAACGCAGCAUCACGGAGGAGGAGGGUCCAGAGGUGCUGUUGGUGAAGGAGGAGGGGUGUGAGGAGGGUCUGGGGAACCCUGAGGGGACCAUGGUCAUAGAGGACAACCAGACUACACCUCCUGAACCCACAGAGGAACCAGCUGAGCAGCACAGGACCACACACAGUCUCACUGAGUCAGUAGACAUGGAGGAUGGGAAGCCUGAUCUGCUGCUGGUCAAAGAGGAGACCAUAGAAGAUGGAUCAGAGAACAUUGAUCUGCUGAGUGGACUAAAGAUGGGGGAGCAAGGUGGUUGGCUGGAGGCUAACAGAGGAGACUGGGUGACCAUCUUGGAUACCCAGACAGGUGCAACCAAGGGCUCAGGUGACAACAUCACUGAGCAGACCAGGACCAGAGGCGACAUAGUGGAGGUCAGUGGAUGGGACAGCGUCCUCACCUCUGGGCUGGGGAACAACACUGUUAACCACAACCAGAAACAAACAGUCGAACACAAAACAACAUCUGAACUUAGUCUCCAUGACAACAGACUGGCUGAAACCAGGCGUAGAUUUGGUCUGCGGGGACGGGGAGGUGUCAGUAUGCAGCAGGAGAGAACAGACACAGACUCUACUAGCGAUGCUCCGUCCUGUUCCUAUAGUUGUGAUUCAGAAAGACUGAUGGUGCCUCAGGUUAACCCUCUAAGAGGUGCUGCCUUCAGCCUGCCUUCAAAAGGAUCUAUCAACUGGAAGAUGGACCCUGCGGCAACACAGACACUCCCUGGCCUURGUCCUCCUCACACUCUCCUAAUGUUAAACCAGACCUCAGACAAUGUCAGUGCCUCAACACUAAAUGGCUACACAAGCCCACUGACAAAUUACAGUAGUAGAGACGCUAUCAGUAAAGGUGGCAGCGCCAUAGAGAAGCGYUUCCCGUGUUCYUUCUGUGGGAAAGCCUUCAGUUUCCCCAAACAGGUGGAGAUUCACCAGAGGAUUCACACAGGGGAGAAACCAUUCAGCUGCCACCUAUGCCAGGUCAGUUUCUCCCACUCGUCCAGUCUGAAGAGGCACCAGAGGGUCCACACAGGGGUGAAACCCUUCAGCUGUACCCAGUGUCACAUGCGCUUCGCCCAGGCUGGUGACCUGAKAAGGCACCAGAGGGUCCACACAGGGGAGAAACCAUACAGCUGUACCCAGUGUGAGAAGAGGUUCUCCCACCAGCACAAGCUGAAGAUGCACCUGAAGGUCCACACGGUAGAAAUGCUGUUUGCCUGUACGCACUGCGGGAAGAGGUUUUCAGAGAAGAGCUACCUCAGGAUACACCAGCAGAAACACCAUAACAUAGAAUUUAUCCUUUCCACUCGUUAGACCUUUAGAUCGAAUCCUGCAUUAAAGACAAAGAUACAUUURCAUUGUCAGCAGAAAAUAGCCACAGAUGCAUUUGGAAUCACAAGAGUAACAGAUUUCAGUGUUYAARAUUCCUGGGUAGAAUAUUGCAUCCAGACAUUGUGUGAUAUAUAAGGCAUAUAUAAGCCUAACGAGUCUGUUUCAGAUUGUGUUUGUACUGUGUAGGCUAUAUGAUGUUCACAAAUGCCUAUUUCAUUACUUCCAUUCAACUAUUAAAUGUUUUUCCCAAGACACUUUUUAAUGAGAAAAUUAAUCAAGUUCAUGAAGUUUAUGCAGAUUUAGUUGAGACGUGUGGUUUUCAUAUGGUGUAUUUAACAUAAAUAAACAAACUGGGACUUUUCA